GCGGCGGCCGCGGAGCCGGCAGAAGCUCGGGGGAACAUGGCGGCGGAGGAGGCGGCGGUCCCGGCGCUCUCCAGCGGCUGCGGCGGCGUAGGCGCGGGGGCCCCGUCGGGCUCCGUCCCUGUGCUCUUCUGCUUCUCGGUCUUCGCGCGGCCCUCGUCCGUGCCCCACGGCGCCGGCUACGAGCUGCUCAUCCAGAAGUUCCUCAGCCUGUACGGCGACCAGCUCGACAUGCACCGCAAAUUCGUGGUGCAGCUCUUCGCUGAGGAGUGGGGCCAGUACGUGGACCUGCCCAAGGGUUUCGCGGUGAGCGAGCGCUGCAAGGUGCGCCUUGUGCCGCUGCAGAUACAGCUCACUACCUUGGGAAAUCUCACACCGUUGAGCACCGUGUUUUUCUGCUGUGAUAUGCAAGAAAGGUUCAGACCAGCCAUCAAAUAUUUUGGGGAUAUCAUUAGUGUGGGACAAAGAUUGUUACAAGGGGCUCGGAUUUUAGGAAUUCCAGUUAUUGUAACAGAACAGUACCCUAAAGGUCUUGGAAGCACUGUUCAAGAAAUUGAUUUAACAGGUGUAAAACUGGUCCUUCCAAAGACCAAGUUUUCAAUGGUACUUCCAGAAGUAGAAGCAGCAUUAGCAGAGAUUCCUGGAGUCAGGAGUGUUGUGUUAUUUGGAGUAGAAACUCAUGUGUGCAUCCAACAAACAGCUCUGGAGCUCGUUGGCCGAGGUAUUGAGGUUCAUAUUGUUGCUGACGCCACCUCAUCUAGAAGCAUGAUGGACAGGAUGUUUGCUCUCGAGCGUCUUGCUCGAACUGGGAUCAUCGUGACCACCAGCGAGGCUGUUCUGCUACAGCUGGUGGCCGAUAAAGACCAUCCAAAGUUCAAGGAAAUCCAGAACCUAAUUAAGGCGAGUGCUCCAGAGUCGGGUCUGCUUUCCAAAGUAUAGGACAUUUGAAGGACGUAUUCUACUCACCAUCAGGCGACAGGACUGUAAGCCCAGACAAGCUCUUGUCUCUACUAGAAUUAAAAUGUUAAGUCAAAAAUUGGCUCUUUUUUUGCGCCUCUUAGUGAAACUUAACCAGUUAGCCAUUUGGGUACCAGCAUUUAGUUACAGAUGUCAAAGGCUUCAGGUGCUGCUUAUUGUCUUUCUUUCUCGUGCGCUUUUAUUUAUUAAAAACAUAAUGACGGACGUGCCUGUUUUGUCUGUACUGUAUACAUUGACCAUAACUUCCCACAGUGCACACUCGUGAAGUUUUCUUCAAUUGUGCACAGUAAAGAAAAAGAUGUAUUGUUAAUAGUGUGACCUUUGUAUUGUAACCUGUGUUAAAACAUUAAUGGAUCCAGUGCUUGUACUUUACAGGUUGGUUGGUUGAAAUGAGAUUAUUAUAUGAGAUUUAAAAGCAGGUCUUUGAUUUACAUUACCCCUUCCCAUCAUCAUGCAGUCAACUUACUUAGUGAGUUGCAUCAUCUAACAAGCUGCAAUUAUGUAAUGAAUAAUUAUAUCUUUCUUGAUUAUACUGAUUUUCUUAUUCUGGUCACCAUCCUCACUCUCUGUUAAUGUUCUCUUCUUUAGUCAAAUCUUCUAGAGAGACUUGUUGGGUCCCUCUGUUAAAUCUCUGAACAGGUGGGAAGAUCCGCGUGUCGUGUAGUUGCUGGAGGGCUGUUAUAAAGUCUGUGAAGUGUUACUUUAGUCGAAUAUCUUUAGAAAAAUCUUGACUAUAUCUUCUAAUAUAUAUAAGAAUUAGCAAAAAGAUAAAGGCUGGAUAAAAUGUAGUUUUAAAUGUUCGUAUUUUUGUUUGGUAUUUUCUCCACCUACCCUUCAAUUAUAAAGGCACCAGUAAUGAUUUGGUAGUAUUAAUUUUGUAGUCGUUGCUAUCCUUCAAUAAAUUUAUUUUCAUUAAAUA